AAUUAUCAUCAAUAUCUCAGACAGCGAUAUAGGCGGUUGGAUGUUUUUCCUGGCUCAUGCAAAUUUCCGUGAGUUAAAAUCAAAGAACAUCUGUUCAGCUUAGCUACCCAAGCAAAACUGAAAACUGAAACCGCCAGUUUAAAGCGCUAGCGCUUCGGCAUGGGAGGUUGAUGUUCUUUGAAGCUUCAAGGGAUAUAAAUUCAUAAUCACAACGGUUAAAGUUAUGUCUGAGGAAGGAGCGCUUCUGAAAACCGACGAAUUAGGAACAAACUAUGGGGAUUUAUUUAAUCCCGACGAGGAAGCAGUUGAACCCAAGUCACAGGAAAGCAAGCAAGCCAGCCAGACGACAUCUUGGUUCAACAUGAUUCGCGAGGCUGUUGCUAUCAACCAAAACCUCCUCGUCUACAAGGUUUUUUAUUUCUUUUAUUUUGCCGCGCUUGGCAGCCUCGUACCAUAUUUAUCACUUUAUUUUAAGCACUCGCUUUUGCUGCCAGCUCAUUUUGUGGGCAUCAUACUGGCAGUGAAGCCUCUUUGCCUGUUUGUGAGUGCGCCAAUUCUUGGAACCAUCGCAGACAAGUACAACAAGGUCAGAACAGUGUUACUAAUCGCGCUAUUCAGUUACAUUGUCAUGAAUCUCCUUGUUGCUGUGGUUCCUCCUGUGAGCAUAGAUUGCCUCAGCGAAGUCCACGACAAACUGAACAUUUCGCACCCAAACGACACCAUUCAUCGUCUCCAUGGCAUCACGAAAGAAAAUCACGUAGAAGCAGGUAACAUUACUUCAAUCGGAAACACUGAGAUGUGGCAAGAAGCCUGGCUUUUCGAUCUUUACACCGAAAUGGAUCCGAAGAUUUACAAGAAUGCUAAAGUAGUGUUUCUUGUUAUCUUGAUAAUCACCACAGUUGGUGAACUUCUUGGUGCCACGUCUAACACGCUCGCGGAUGUGGCUACAUUUCAAAACUUGGACAACCGUCCGCAGUACUACGGAGAGCAACGUUUGUGGGGGGAAGUCGGCUUGGGAGUAUCAGCUUUCAUUACAGGCUGUGUUGUACAGGGGCAGUACAAAAAACAGGUGGAUAUUUGUCCAGAAGACGUGUUUGACAUUUACCGACCUUUCUUUUACGUGAAUGCUAUUCUAAUGGCAGUCGCUCUGUUUGUGUCGACCCGCUUUAACUUUCAAGAUUCAGACAAGUAUGUGAAUGAAAAAAUUGCCCUGUUUAAAGGCCUACAGAUAUUCGGCAAAAUUGAGUAUUUGAUCUUCGCCAUGAUUGCUCUUUUCCUUGGGGCCGCCUUAGGAUCAGCGGAAACUUUCCUGUUUGUUCACUUGGUAGAGCUUGGCGCCUCGCCGUCCUUAUUCAGUGCACUGGUCGCCGUGCAUUGUAUCUCAAAUGUUGCGAUGUAUUACGGCUCUAUAUACUUCCUUGAAAGCAUCGGCCAUAUGAAGAUGCUCACACUUGGGCUGUUGAUUUACGCGUUGAGGUUUUACUACUUUUCCGCCAUUGAGAAUCCUUGGCUGGUGUUACCGAUUGAGUUUCUCCGUGGGCUGUGCUCGGCGUCUGUAUGGUGUGCUCUGGCGUCCUAUGUGGGCACUCCUCCCCGUGUUGGUGCUACACUGCAAGGUAUUUUACACGGCCUGUACUACGGUCUUGGCAGAGGGCUCGGUCAGCUGAUAGGAGGAAUUUUGAUUCGCAGAUUUGGUACGGAUCCGUAUUUUCGCUACUUUGCUCUCAUUGACUUUCUAGUGAUGAUCAUUGUGGCGUUGCUGAUUCCUUACUUGGGUCCGCGAGGUACAAUAUGGAUGACUUUAUCGGGUUAUUCCCCACUUCGCGCGCAAGAAGUCGAUUGUUGUCCCAAAAUCUACAGACUACCUUGCAUGCAGAAGAAGAACUCAGACCAAGAGGAAUAGGAGAUUAUUUGAUUUACUUCACUUUUGAAAAGAAACAUAUCUAAAUUUUAUUUUUUUCUGUUCUAAAAGCCUGAAAGUGAGUAUAUGAAUAUAUUUACGAGUGAAUUUGACAGUUGGAGACAGAUUACCAAGACUAUUUUUUUAAAGUUACAUUUUAAUUUCUUAUAUUAGACUUUGUUCAUUUUACAAGGGAGAUUUUUACCGACAAAAAAGGCGGUGGAAAGACUAGUCAGUUUUGUUGCAUAAAUAAUUUCAUUUUUCGAAGAUGUUAGUGUAAAAAACUCAUCAAUUGUCUGUAAAUAUAUGGAGGAAAUUAUAAUUAGGUUUUCUUUAUAGCUUUAUUGGGCUCAAUAUUUGUCCAUGGAUGGUGUAAAUAAUAGAACGUGGUCGCGUACAAAAUUUGACCAAGAUGUGUUUCCCUUGUUUUCCAAUAUUACUCUAUUGUCACUUCAAAAGGAGGAUUGUCAUUGAAAUAAACAAUCUUUAAACCUUU